AUGCAGGCCAUUGCUCGCCCUCUCGCACGCGCUGCUCCCAAGCAGAUCCGCUGUGCUGCUGCACUCUCGACCUGGUCUGCCGUGCCCGCAGGUCCUCCGGAUCCCAUUCUGGGUGUAUCCGAGGCCUUCAAGGCCGACCAGGAUUCUAAAAAGAUCAAUCUGGGUGUGGGCGCAUACCGUGACGGCAACGGCAAGCCGUACGUUCUUAGCAGCGUAAAGAAGGCCGAGGAGUACCUCAGCGCCGCCAACCCAGACAAAGAGUACUUGCCUAUUAGCGGCCUGCCAGAGUUUACGAAGGCCGCUGCGAAGCUUGCGUACGGCGGGGACAGCGCACCCCUCAGCGCGAACUCGGUUGCCGUUGUCCAGUCGAUUUCGGGUACUGGCGCCCUCCGUAUUGGAGGUGCCUUCUUCCAGCGAUUUUUCCCUCAUGCGAAAACGAUUUACAUACCCAAUCCGUCAUGGGGAAACCACACGUCCGUCUUCCGUGAUUCGGGUUUGGAAGUCAAGCAGUACCGAUACUUCGACAAGAAGACUGUAGGGCUUGACUUUGAGGGAAUGAAGGCGGAUCUCAAGAGCAUGCCUGCAAAUUCGCUCGUUCUUCUUCAUGCUUGUGCUCACAAUCCGACUGGCGUCGACCCCACGCCGGAGCAGUGGGUUGAGCUUUCUGACAUUGUCGCAGAGAAAUCACUCUUCCCCUUCUUUGACAUGGCAUACCAGGGCUUUGCGUCCGGGGACUUUACUCGUGACGCCUUCGGAGUACGUCACUUCGUUUCCGCGGGUCACCAAGUCGCUCUUUCGCAGUCAUUCGCAAAGAACAUGGGACUCUAUGGCGAACGUGUCGGUGCAUUCUCGCUAGUUGCCGCAGAUGAGGAAGAGAAGAAGCGCUUGGAGAGCCAGCUGAAGAUCGUGAUUCGUCCGAUGUACUCCAACCCUCCGCUGCAUGGGGCUCGUAUUGCGAGCACGAUUCUCAACAACGCUGAAUUGUACAAGGAGUGGGAAGGGGAAGUGAAAGGAAUGGCCGAUCGAAUUAUAUCUAUGCGCGAGCGGCUGUACGACAAUCUAGUUUCUCUGAACACUCCUGGCCAGUGGGGGCACAUCAAGAGCCAGAUUGGCAUCUUUACGGGUCUGACGACUCCGCAAACCAAGGUGCUCGCGGAGAAGGCGCACAUCUACAUGACUGCUGACGGGCGAAUUUCGAUGGCGGGUCUGAACUCGCACAACAUUGAUUACUUCUCGGAGAGCGUGAGCAAAGCUGUGAAGGGCGAGCUCUAG